GUGCGGCACGUGCGACGGGAUGGCAGCGCUUUAUAACCGGCCUUUGUUCGGCGCGAGAGAGCCUUUGGACAACGCUUAACUGCUCUCUGCACAUCUCGCGGCUCCUGCUUCAUUUUUCCUUAAUGUGGCAACACACUUUAAUCAAAGACAACUGAAAAGAUUUCCUCCAUGUUAGUCACCUAUCCGCGUUCCUACUUCGACGUUUGGACCAUAACAUUUGCAAGCACAUGCGGUCCUCACGUUUCAAUCGCCACCUGCGACAUCUUACUCGGAAAAUCUUGUCCAGAUUGUGGUCAUACAGAGGAUUGUGACAUAGAUUUUAGAUGUGUUUUCCGCUCUUAUCCAGUAAUGUUGCUUGUUCAUUGGACAGGGGAAGCUUAGAUAAUUUUACAAGUAAAGGGGACGUUCAGUCAGUACAAGCGAUAUCAUGAUUUACCUACUGUUCGUAAACGAUGUAUUCCGGAGCCCGCAUUUCAAAUCCAUCGUUUUGUAUUAAUGGUGCGAGUGUUAUAUUUUUUUGUCGUGCGACGAAUUAUUCUUAUACCUGAGGAGGAGCUCUGUGUGGUUUUAUUCGUCGGCAGCAGCUUCAACAAAAUACAACACAGUUAAGGUUGAUUGGGGACCAGCCAUGUCAAGACAGUAAAAGAUGUACACGUAAUUGAGAUGUAAAGACUGCAAGUUCUGAGGCUUUUAUAUCAAUAAAACCAUUCCCACUCACAUGCUUAAGUAAAGAACUAAUUUUGUUGAUUAAAACCAAUCAAAAACUUCUGCCUAUAACAAACCAAUAAGAAGAGAGCUACCAGCAAACUGGCAGCACGCAAUGCAGCAUGAAAAGUGGUGCAGCGUUAGAUGUAAUGUGCCAUGCUGCUAGAAGCAUGAGGCACUAGGUCUGAUAUCUGGCUCCUCGAGUCCAUAACAACAUAACAUUCAACAUGGGCAUGUGUUGUAGUCGCCCUGACACCACAGGACCAACAGUUUACCAUCCAGGAUACAAGAUAACAGAUGGAUCGGAUAACGGGACACAAGGAAGUAAUGGUGAUCCUAGAUAUACACCUGACCCAAAUAGACCAGGUGGACAAGUCAAAAGGCCAGGAGCUGAUAUCAUUCGCACACCAACUGCACCAUUAGCUAUCCCAAGAGCAAGGACUAGGAGCAGUUCUGAGUCAAGGUCACCUUCUUUCAGAGAUAAGGAGCAAACAAAAGACCAUCCAGGUGCAUCAAGACGUAUUGUGGUUGCUGUCUAUGAUUAUCAGGCAAGAGAAGUAGCUGAUGUUUCAUUCAUGAAGGGGGACCACAUGGAAGUCCUUGAUGACAGCGAGCCAGAUUGGUGGAAAGUCAGAAAUCUAAGGACUGGACAUGAAGGUUUAAUUCCAUGGAACUUUGUCGCCGAAGAGAAGUCAAUUGAAAGUGAAGAUUGGUUCUUUGGCAAAAUAUUGAGGAAGGAAGCAGAGAAACUUCUGAUGGAUGAUGAAAAUAUUCGUGGAACGUUCCUUGUGCGCUACAGUGAGCAUAAUCCUAAUGGAUUUUCAUUAAGUGUUAAAGAUUGGGAAGAAACCAGGGGUUAUCAUGUCAAACAUUAUAAAAUAAAACCACUGGACAAUGGCGGGUUUUAUAUAGCCACAAACCAGACAUUUCCAACUCUUCAGUCUCUGGUUAUGGCAUAUUCAAAAAAUGCCCUUGGUCUUUGUCAUGUGUUAGCAAAACCAUGUCCUAAACCAAGGCCUCAGAUAUGGGAUUUAUCUCCGGACUUAAGGGACCAGUGGGAAAUUGAUCGAUCAGAAAUUCAGCUUAUUAAAAAGCUUGGACGUGGUAACUUUGGAGAAGUGUGGUAUGGUAAGUGGCGUAAUGCAAUUGAAGUUGCUGUGAAAACGUUGCGCCCAGGAACAAUGUCAACGGGUGCCUUUCUGCAAGAAGCUGCUAUAAUGAAGAAAUUUAGGCAUGAUCGUCUUGUGGCUUUAUAUGCAGUAUGUUCUCGUGAAGAACCUGUGUAUAUUGUACAGGAAUAUAUGUGCAAUGGAAGCCUUUUAGAUUUUCUUCGUAAUGGUCCAGGUAGAAAACUUCCAUUUGGUGAUCUUAUCUACAUAGCUGCACAGGUGGCAAGUGGAAUGAAGUACCUGGAAGCAAAACAGCUUAUUCAUAGAGAUCUUGCUGCAAGAAAUGUUUUGAUAGGAGAAAACAACAUAGCCAAAAUAUGUGAUUUUGGAUUAGCGCGUGUGAUAGAAGAUGAUGAAUAUUGCCCUAAACAAGGCUCUAGAUUUCCUGUUAAGUGGACUGCACCAGAAGCUAUAAUCUAUGGAAAGUUCUCCAUUAAAUCUGAUGUAUGGUCAUAUGGGAUUCUUCUGAUGGAACUUUUCACAUACGGCCAGGUGCCUUAUCCAGGCAUGCAUGGUCGGGAAGUGAUCGAACAUGUGGAGAGAGGUUACAGAAUGCCCAAUCCUGAUAAUUAUCCCAUCCCUGAAGCUAUCUACAGACUAAUGAGACAGUGUUGGGAUGCUGAUCCAGAGAAAAGGCCAACAUUUGAAUUUUUAAAUCACUAUUUUGAAGACUUUACUGUGACUUCAGAGAUACCUUAUAGGGAAGUGGUAGACUAAUAAGUUUGGUGCCAGUUGCAGAAAGUACAUUCACAUGAACAUUCUCUGUGUGUGUGUGUGUGUGUGUGUGUGUGUGUGUGUGUGUGUGU